AUGUGUACCACCUCCACUUGCACGGCCGACGUCGCAGGAACCACCACCAUAACCGCCGUCCACCCCGACGUCAUCCGAUCACACAUCCUCAACAGGCUCGACGGCGCCGCCCUCGCCGCCGCCAGUUGCACCUCCCCACAGCUUCGCUCUCUUUGCCGAGAAGAUUGGCUGUGGCGGGAGAUCUGCAACUCCACGUGGCCGUCCACCGCCGACCCCGCCAUCCGCGCCGCCAUCUCCGCCCUCCCCUCCGGCCACCGCUCCUUAUACUCCGACUGCUUCCCCUCCGCCCGGCCUCACCCCUCCUCUCACGGCAAGACGAUUCUCCCGCCGGAAUUUCUAAUCUCUGCCGUUGACAUUUACUUCGCUGGCAGAUUGAUACACUCGAAGGUCCUGAAGACGGAGACUCUCUCCGGCUGGUUCCAGAGGUCGCCCUUCCGCCUCGACCUCCUGAGCCCCAAGGAAACCCUGCGCACGCCGCUCCAAUUCGACGACGACUGGGCAGCACGCGCCGCCGCGCUCCUGCGCGUGAGCUGGAUACUGAUCGACCCGCGGCGGGGACGGGCGGUGAACGUCGCCGGCUCUUGUUCGGUGGAGGCGCGGCGUGACUGGCUGACGGGGGACUUGCAGCUCCGGUAUGCCACGGUGGUGGACGGCGGUGGUGGGGAGAUGUUCCUGGGAGGCGUGGAAGUGGUGGUGGCGGCGGGGGAGAAUGUGUCGGUGAGAGAGGUGAGCGUGCGGUUGGAGGACGUGGAGGGGAGGGUGGUGGCCGGCGCGGACGGCCUGAGGGUGCUGGGCCUGGCCAUGGAGGGGCGGCGGUGGAGGGCCGACGGGGAAGCGGAGAGAGGGGCGUAUGAGAUGUUCGUGAGGGCGAAGGUAGGGUAUAGAGAGAGAAAGGAGAGGAGAGAGAGGAGGAUGGACCUGGCGUGUGUGGCCGCUGGAGUUUGGAUUUUCGUCUCCAUUUUGGUGUUUUUUUCUGUACGGAUGAAAAUUAGUUUUGGGGGAAUUAUGUUUUAG